AUGACUAACUCACCAUCAUCUAGCUACUUCCAUGUUUUUUGUUCUGUGUCAGGGCAAUCUUGUACUUGUCUUACAGGACAGCCAUCACUAGAUGACCAACAAUACUACCCAAAACCAAACUAUUGCACUAAGCCCAUAAGCAAAAUGCAGCGGGACAACCACUUUCGGAAAUCAUUUGCCAGUCUAGAGGCCGCAAGAGUGGAAGCUGAAGACCUUGAGGAAGAAACGCCGGCCAUGCUCUCUGAACUCUUCCAUGGAUUCCUUGCAAUUGGUACUCUAGGUACAGAUCCAAUCGUCACUGAACCUUCCACACCAACAUUUGCCAUCUCUGUUGAGAACAUAACAGAAAAAGAAACUGAAGUAACAGAAAAUGAAUUGAAGAUAAUUAGCGACGAAUUGGAGAGGGUGCUGGGAACUGAAACAAAAGAUGAUGGGUCCAAAUCCAAUGUCUCAUCUGCGAGAAACAGCCAUGUUAGCACAGGAAGAAGCAGUCAUGUUAGCACCGGAAGAAGCAGUCAUGCUAGCACCAUUACUCUCAGUGGCAAGCCAAUAGAAAGCACAGAGAACAAUGGGAAUGGAGCAAUCAUUUGUCCGCUCCAGGGCUAUCUGUUUGGGUCAGCAAUUGAAUUGCCAGAAACAACAGUGGGAAAAAAGGAACACAGAACAUCACUUGGGGAGUUGUUUCAGAAAACUAAACUAGCAGAGGAAAACUCUGUAGCAAAAUGCGACAGGGGAGAGAAGCGAACAGAUAAGGAAGCAGAUAAAUCAGCUGUCCAUAUCAUGAAGAAGAUACUGAAGAAGAGAAUGCUGCACGCAUCCUCUCGGACCUCCACGGCAGCUUCUGGAGGAACUGUCGAUUCUGCUUCAGCAGCAGAGAGAAAACUGCAUAAGGUUCAUCCACCAAUCCUUAAUUUAAUUUGCUUUACCAACUGCAGUAAACCUAUCAACUGCAAUCAACUGUUUUUUAUCCUUUUCUUUUAG